AUGCGUGGGCUCUGGUUUUUGGCUACUCUCAGCCUUGUAGCUGCAGAGGAUGGACUCAACGCGUGGUUACGAUAUGCUCGAUUACCAUGCGAUAUCAUCAAACAGGCUGCUGUUCCCCCUAACAUCGUCGCCCUUAACGCCACGGAAAUUAGCCCCAUUUACGUCGCCGGUCAAGAAUUGCAAAAAGGUAUUAAAGGGAUCCUUGGUAAGUCACUUAAUGUGACUCAUGAGACAAACGAAGGCCCUUCAAUAGUCGUCGGAACCAUCGCUGCCUUUAACGACUCCGGCAUCUCGAUCGAAACACCUGAACUCGAGGAAGAUGGCUUCUGGCUUAGUACUAAGGGCGACACGGUCGAAAUCGUGGGCCAAAACGAACGUGGUGCGCUUUAUGGUGCAUUCGAGUAUUUGUCUAUGAUAGCCCAAGCGAACUUUACAGAGGUCGCCUAUGCUACAAAUCCCAGCGCAGCAAUCCGAUGGAUAAACCAAUGGGACAAUAUGGAUGGGACUAUCGAGCGUGGUUACGCUGGCCCGUCUAUCUUCUUCAAGAACAACGCUCUAGUCUCUAAUGUAACGCGGAUCGCCGAAUAUGCUCGCCUCCUGGCUUCGAUUCGCGUUAAUGGAAUUAUCAUUAAUAACGUUAACGCGAACGCUAUGAUCUUAAGUGAUGCAAAUAUGGCGGGGUUGGCUAAAGUUGCCGACGCAAUGAGACCCUGGGGCGUUAAAGUCGGGAUCUCACUCAACUUUGCGUCGCCACAGACGUUUGGUGGAUUGAAUACAUUCGAUCCCUUGGACACAUCCGUCAUCGCCUGGUGGACUAAAAUCACGGACAAGCUUUACGAACAUGUACCUGACUUGGCAGGUUUCUUAGUCAAGGCUAACUCCGAGGGCCAGCCUGGUCCACUCACGUACGAUCGUACACUUUCUGACGGUGCCAAUCUGUUCGCGAAAGCCGUCAAGCCGCAUGGCGGUAUUGUAAUGUUCCGCGCUUUUGUCUAUGACAACCAGCAUCUAAACGAGAACAACUGGAAAGACGACCGAGCGAACGCGGCCGUUGAUUUCUUUCGCGACCUUGACGACAAAUUUGACGAUAACGUCGUCGUCCAAGUCAAGUAUGGACCGAUCGACUUCCAGGUACGGGAGCCUCCAUCACCGCUUUUCGCACAUUUGAAACAGACGGCAUCGGCUAUCGAACUUCAGGUUACGCAGGAGUAUCUCGGCCAGCAGUGCCACUUGGUUUAUCUGCCGCCGCUUUGGAAGGAGAUCCUCAACUUUGACUUGCGCAUUGAUGGCGAGGAAUCUAUCAUCGGCUCUGAUAUCCUUUCCGGUAAGCGUUUUAAUAAAAAGGGCCUUACGGGUUACGCGGCUGUCGUAAACGUCGGCCAAAAUUCCACUUGGCUUGGCACACAUCUCGCCAUGUCUAACUUGUAUGGCUAUGGUAGAUUGGCCUGGGAUCCAACAGCUGAUGAAGUGGCUAUCUUGGAAGACUGGACCCGGUUAACUUUCGGCUUGGAUGAUACCAUCCGCGAGACUAUUACACGCAUGUCGAUGGAAUCUUGGCCGGCAUAUGAGAAUUACACAGGUAAUCUAGGGAUCCAGACACUUACGGAUAUCACUGGACCGCAUUACGGACCGAACCCGCAGUCAAUGGAUAAUAACCCAUGGGGACAGUGGACUCGGGCUGACGCGUUUAGCAUCGGGAUGGAUCGUACGGUUAAGAACGGCACCGGAUACGCGGGACAAUACCCGACAGAGGUCGCCGCUGUGUUUGAGGAUAUUGAAACGACACCGGAUGACCUUUUGCUAUGGUUCCAUCACGUCCCUUACACGCACGUGUUGAAGAACGGCAAGACGGUCAUCCAACACUUCUAUGAUGCGCACUACGCAGGCGCCGUGACAGCCGCCACGUUCCCCGCGCAAUGGGCCAAGCUGCAAGGCCUAAUCGACCAGCAGCGGUUCGACGAGAUGGCAUUCCGACUAACAUACCAAGCAGGCCACGCAAUCGUCUGGCGCGACGCCAUCAACGAGUUCUACCACAGCCUAUCCGGGAUCGCCGACGCGCAAGACCGCGUAGGCAAGCACCCAUGGCGCGUGGAAGCCGAGUCCAUGACUCUGCGCGGGUACCGCGUCACAGCCGUGAACCCGUUCGAAGUAGCCUCCGGUCUGCGCAUCGUCCAAAGCGUCGGGAACGCGAGCACGGCCAGCGUGUCCGCCACGCUCAACUACACGGCUGGGACGUAUGAUUUGGCUGUCGCUUACUACGAUCUAUACGAAGGCAAGGCUUCGUACGAGCUGUUUUUGAACGAUAAGAGUAUUGGGUCGUGGGUCGGCGAUAAUGAGGAUAAACUUGGGUUUACGCUGACUAGGGGCAUUGAUGGACACUCGGCAACGAGGAUUACGUUUAAGGGCGUUGAGAUCAAGGAGGGAGAUGUGGUGCGCGUCGAUGCUAAGGCUAAUGGACGCGAGACGGCGCCGCUGGAUUAUAUCGCUGUGCUACCGCCGGGGGUAGUGGAUUGA